AUGGACCUACUAGAUGAUUUGAACGUUGGCAUUCAUAAAAAGAAAGGCAAAACAUAUUCUAAAGCGAACGAUGCAGAAGAUGAAGAGCUGAACGUGGGAGAGCACAAGUUUCUAGCAGAGAAUCUGCUUGAAAGAGUCAAAAAGAGACUAAAUGGAGAUUCAGAUGAUAGCACUGCUUCGGCAAUUGAUAACAGUAAAAAAAGCACAUUCUUCUACAGUGAUACCGAUUUGUAUGAAGGUAAAGAGUUGGACGAUGAGUUUGAGGCAAUGCGUGAAACUGCUGCAGUACCAAAGCAGCGUGAAGUGGAAAUCCAACAGAAAAAACAUCCAAUAUCUCAGACACAAUUAAUUCCUACAUUCUCUUCAUCUUGGCUGGCAAAGACUCAAGUAAAUACUCAGGCACUGGAGGGCACCAACAGAACCAUUGAUAGACAACAGCAAGAUUUAGACACACAAUUGAACAAUGAGGAAAUUACACAGACUACACCAGAUGAACACACUCUUGAUAAAGCUGCAACCGAAAGUAAAUUGCUGCACAGUAAAGAAACUUCCUUUCGAAAUACUUCGUUUACAUUUAAGUUGACAACAAACAACAAUGAAGGACUACUGGCAACUAAACCAAAUGGAACUCAAAUAGAGAAUGAGCAAAAAGUGGUCGCUACUCAACUUGAUGUUGCUGAAAAGGAGAAAGCCGUGCCUCUUAUAAAAGAUACUAUAGAAGAACCACAUUUACCUGUAGCACCAUUAAAGGCUGUCCGAAAGAAAUACCUCCCUGAACAGUUCAUUGCAGCUUUUGAUGAUUCGGAGUCAUCCAACGCAGAAGAUCUUUCAGAUGAGGAAAAUGAUGCUGAUGAAUUGAAAGAUAUGGCAUCUACUCAAGAGUUAGUCACGAAACAGAAGAGUGUUGUUACUAAUAUGAAUGGGAUUAUUGCCAUUACUAUGAAAAAUAGUCCACAAAAUGUUAUUGAACUGAACUCUUCGUCCGAAUCUGAAGAUGACUAUAAAUCACAAUCGUCCAAGGCAGCAUUAUUGCUGAUUAAAGCUAAGAGAUCCAGGAAUAAGGCUACUAAAGCAAAGAACAUGCAUGUUUCUACAGUUGACUCUUUGAAGGAAUUGUUUACAUCUUUGAAAACAAAGAACAGAGACCAGAUACUUGAAUUUAGAAGAGAAAUAUCCGGUAAAAAAGGAAUAUCACUUGAAGCGAUUGAAGAUGAAAAGAUUCAAGUUGAAAAGCUUCUAGAGCAAGAGCUUGAAAGGAAUAGGAGAGUUAAACUAAGAGAAAAAAGAGAAAGAGAGAAAUCAAAAGAUACGAGUAAAGCUGCAUCUUCUGGUAGCGCAUCCGAUGUCCCUGAUAGCGAUGUGAUGGAGAGUGAUUUAAGCUUAUCAGAUAGUGAUGUCGAGCAGCAUUUAGGGCUACACGGGUCCACUGGUUCAGACGAAGAUAGCGCGGAUACAUCGGCAGCCCAUAAAAACAACAAUCCUAUAAUAGAUGAUGACGAGAGUUCUUCGUCAAGUGAUGAUAAUGAAGUCACCCAGGAGCCGAUUGGCAUCAAUUUAGGGCAUUAUGGCGAUAAUUUAACUUCCUCAAAUGUAACGGAAAAUGAUGGUGCUGAUCAAAGUGACAGAAAUGUGCCUUCAAAUUCAGAACUGAAGAUGAACAGAUCACAUUCAGCGAAAUUAUUGGUGGGAGAGUUAAGUUCCGAUUCCUCAGUAGACUCUGAUUCCUCAGAGGACGAGCUCGACGAAGUAGAAAGGAAUAGGCUUCAAGAAAGGGCUAAAAUGCGCCGAAGAAUGGAAAUAGAGGCAGCAAAAAAGCGGAAGCAAGUACUUAAAUCAACUGGUCUCAACAAAAUAUUGGAAAUGGAAGCAGAAGAAUCUGAGGAUGAAUGGCAUGGUGUUGGUGGUGCUGACGGAGAGAAUUCAGAUGACUAUGACUCAGAUUUGGAUACCAUGAUAGAUGAUUUUUCCAAAAGCAAGUUUGAUACCGCUUCAAUAAGAGAAAGGUUAGCCUUAGAGAACAAAGAAAUGGACGAAAGGAUGAUAAAUAAAAUCUUACAUGAUAUCAAUACCGGAGGCUUUCGUAAACGUGGCCGAGGAGCACUAGAUCUUGAGUUAAGCGAUGAUGAGGAUGAGUUACUACGACAGUUUAGGGAAAAAAGAAGAGAAAUAAUGAAACAAAAGCUACUAGAAAAUGUGGACGGUGUAGUCAAUAACUCAAAAUCAAAAGCCUUUUUCGAUAGUAUGGUGGAAGAUAUAACUAGAAAGUCAAUCCCUGCUGUCACAUCAUUCAGCAAUACUCGAGAUGAGAUGGGAAAGAAGAAAAUUGUCAUAUCAGAAGAGUUUGUUCAGAGUUCAUUAUCGUUUUUAAGUGCAAAAGAUGAUGAUAUCAAUGAAUUUGAGGUCACUGAAGCAGCACAUGAUGCAACUGAGGAUUUGGAAUCUUUGAAACAGCGAAGCAAUAUUAAAUCUCUCGAUUCCCCUCAAAGGAAUAGAAACUCCGCCUUCUUUGAUGAUGUGGAUGGUACAUCUCUGGACUUCAAAUUGCCCAGCAUCGUAAAGUCUUUUUCGUCAAACUCAGAUGUUAAUGACAAGUUCAAAACGGGGAUCAAAACUGUUACUAUAUCUAAAUCUUAUAGAGUAGCCUCUGGUUCUCGAUCUGCCAUCACUUUCUUGGGUAAAAAGAGAAAAUUGAAGGCACCCCAAGGCCGAAAAUCCACACCGUUGGUACGCAAACCAACAUCUAGCUUGUUUGACUCCAAUUCCGAUAGUUUCACCUGA